AUGUCCAAGUCCGAGCUUGACCCUCUGCUGCCCCAGAACGAACCGGCGCCGGAGAUCCAAGGCUACGGCUUUUCCAAGUACAGGGGAUAUGAGGGCAUACAACUCGAGGAUGAACACAAGUCGUCUCUAAGACAAUGGAAUGAAGAGUACCAACCCAACGAGGCGUACAGAGAUUAUUUGGGUGAAAGCGAGGAAGAUGAUGAAGCGCAGUCACUGUCGGUCGAAUCCACCAAAGCGGCACUGAACAAGAUUGCCUCGAUUUUCUGCGUCGUGGUCUUCUUCGCCCUCGUCAUAGCCUUCCUGAAUCCCGAUACUGGUGACCGGUGGCCCAUCCCGACUCCAAGACCCGUGCCUGUGCCAAAACCCGACCAAACGAUCGAGGAACGUGCGCUGGCCAUCCUCACCCACACACCCUUGAUUGACGGCCACAAUGACCUCGCGAUCUUCAUCCGCGGGGCCUACAAAAACAAAUUACACACCAAGGACUUCCGGGACAAGUUUGAGAAUGGAGACAUGGAGUUGAACGUCGACCUGCCACGGCUGCGGAAAGGACGAGUGGGCGGUGCAUUUUGGAGCGCCUUUGUCGUGUGUCCGGAGAAUGCCAGCGAGGAUUUCUCAGACGAGCAGUAUUCCAGUGCCGUAGCGCACACAUUAUCCCAGAUCGACUUGAUCCGUCGAUUGCAGGGAGAAUAUACCGGCAAUUUCACGUCGGCGACUUCGCCACUGGAUGUGGCAUUGUCGAAUUUCCACAGCACGAGACGGUUGAUAUCUCCAAUUAGUAUCGAGGGCCUGCACCAGAUCCCGCAAUCUGCCCCGUUGUCCACGUUACGGUUGUACUACGCGCUGGGCGUGCGAGCGGCGACGCUCACCUGGAAUUGUCACAAUGCAUUUGCGGAUGCUGCGUUGAUUUCAUCGCGAAACGGCACGACAGUGGCACGUUACCAUCGUGGAGGAUUGACCUCGGCCGGCCGCGACGUGGUCCGCGAGAUGAACCGUCUUGGGAUGCUUGUCGACAUCUCGCACACUUCAUACUGGACGCAGAAGGCUGUGUUGAGCAACCAAAGUUCCGCAGCGCCCGUCAUAUACUCUCACUCCUCAGCUUUCGCGCUGUGUCCACACCCUCGGAAUGUUCACGACGACAUUCUGGACCUGGUCAAGGAGACCCAAUCUCUGGUGAUGAUCAAUUUCAGUCCCGGGUUCAUCUCAUGCUUGCCACCAGCAAACGAGAGCGUGUUGCCCGAGUUUUACGAGCAGAACAAUACCUUGCAUCAAGUGGCGAGACAUGUCAUGUAUGUGGGCGAGAAGAUUGGAUAUGAUUAUGUCGGGUUGGGCAGUGAUUUUGACGGGAUGGGCGAGCUGACUCCGAGAGGGUUGGAAGGGGUUGAUAAGUAUCCUGAUCUGAUUGCAGAGCUACUGCGGUUGGGUGUCAGCGAUGAAGAUGCCGCGAAGGUGGCCGGGGCAAACCUCAUUAGAGUAUGGAAGGCUGUGGAGCGAGUUGCAAGACGACUACAGCAGCAGACUCUGGAGGGCGAGGACGAAGUGAGCGGGUGGUAG